CGAUCAAAAGCUUAUUCAAGACUUACGCGCCAAGUUUGGAGAAGACGCCGUGUUUGUGAUGGGAAACUGGCCCGCUCCCCAUGCUAAGUAUCAUGAGCCCAUCCAUGGCCUUGGUUUCCGAAGACUCCUCAAGAAACAUGGGUUCCAAGUCUAUCUUAUAGACGAGUACAAGACCAGUAGGUGCUGUCCAACAUGCCACAGCGAGAGCCUCCACACGUUCCGUCGUGUUCCAAAUCCACGACCGUAUCAACGUGAGCGAUAUCCUACUGUUGUCUGCCAUGGCCUUUUAAGAUGCACCAAUCCAUACUGUAGACCCGCCAUGGCAGCUCCAGAUAGAUAUCGCUUAUGGAACAGGGAUGUUGCUGCUUGUCUCAACUACAUGCACAUCCUUCGUGGGCUUCGACGUAAUGGCAUGGUUCCUCAUAGGUUUCGCCGGGUUGAUGUUGCUCCUACAAGACGUCGAAGAAGAGUGGACGAUCAGGAGCAACCAAGAACUAGAAUACGUUUAGACGAUGAUUCUCCGUCCUAGUUAUCGCUAGGACACAUCUAGAUGCCUUCGGGUAACUAGUAGAGCCAUCCUACUU